AUGGUUCCUUCUGACCAGCUUCGUGUCCAUCAAAACCUGGGCAAACUAGUAGCCAUAUCCCAGUACUUGGCUGAUGCCUCCUUACACUCCACCAGGUACUCCUCAUGGGCCAUAGCAGUGGAUGUUUCAGCCCGCAGACUUCUGUGGCUUAAGACCUGGCGGGCAGACCUCAAAGCAAAGUGGCGUCUUGCUACCAAGCCUUAUGCGGGGGGUUAUCUUUUUGGUGCGGCUCUAGACCCCUACCUGGUAGAAGAUCUUCCACCAACGGGCAGAAGUUCUCCUGGUUGGCCCACAUUGGCCAAGAUGACUGUGGUUCGCGGACCUGAUGGAGCUCUCCGUCUCACCUCCAUGGAGGAUCCCGGCAGGUCGUAUUUCCCUCACUCAGGGGGAACUCCAACACCCGGACCCGCAGUGGCUCCAACUAACCGUUUGGUACUUGAGAGGCGGGCCUUGAGCCAGGACUCAUAUUCGUCGAGGGUGAUAGCCAUGAUUCAACAAUCCAGGCGCCCCUCGAUGAAUAGAAUAUAUGAUGCCACAUGGAGGAGUUUCUGCACUUGGUGUGCAGAACAUAGGGUGGAACUCUCGGGUAUCUCAGUUCCAAUUGUGUUGGAAUUCCUGAUGGAUGAGUUAGAUAAAGGACUAUCCCCGAAUACUAUCCGUAGACAGGUUGCUGCUCUCACUACUGUACUCACGUGUGACAAUGCCACUUCUCUGACUCACCAUCUCAUGGUCUGUUCCUUUUUAAAAGGAGCAACCAAUGCCAAGCCACCGACAGUACACCGAUACCCUUCAUGGGACCUUCACCAGGUCUUACAGGCACUCGUUGCACCUCCAUUUGAACCUAUUGAUACAUGUCCACUAAAACUUUUAUCUAUGAAGGUGGCAUUCCUUGUGGCGGUCACGUCAGCCAGGCGAAUUUCGGAACUGGCUGCCCUUUCUGUCAGAGAGGAUCUGAGCAUUUUAUAUCCAGACAGGAUAAUCCUCAGACUUGACCCUUCCUUUAUUCCCAAGGUAAACUCCUUCUCCAUAGAUCCCAGGAAGUGGUUUUACCAGACUUCUAUCUUAAUCCAUCCCAUGACGUUGAGAUACAGUGGAACACACUGGACAUUCGCAGAGCCUUGCAACAUUACAUCAAUCGGACUUCAGCCUUCCGUAGAUCUGAGGCAUUGUUUAUUUCCUCCCAACCUUCGGCCAAGGGCCAGAAAGUUUCCUCAACAACAAUAG